GUAAUAAUAAUACAGGAAUAAAAAACAUAUAAAACUAGUGUUACAUAAAAUGUUAUCAUUCAUUAUACCGGAGAUCGUAGUGCUGUACGCGUCGGACGGCCGGGAAUGGGACCGAUAUCUGGCCGAAGAGUUUUCGCAAAUGAUUGAAUUCCCGUUGAAUAUCCAUCACAAACAGGCGGAACACUUGGACGAAGAUUACGACCACUUCCACCAACAGAUCCCGCGAUACAACGCUUUCAUACUAUUGAUUAGCAAAGAGUUUUUGCAUACAAUCCAACUGUUGUCGCAUAGGAUGUACGCAUUGACCGAAUCGAUAAAUCCGGCAAAAUGUUUGAUCAUGUUUUGCGACUGUCUUGAGACCGAUGUGAGUGAUGGUCACAAGAGAUUGCUGUGCGGUUACCGCCGCUGCCAUCGACUGGUGGCCACUCAGACCGAUGUCAAACAGUUUAUGAUUAAUACAGUCAAGUGUUUGUCUAAUAUACUGGAUCUGAACCGCUAUAAAGACCAUCGGGUGCUCAAUGUGUCCAAAAAACGGUACGAGAAUUUUAUAUCCAUAGCACCACAGUUUGAAUUGUCCACCGAUACAAUACACACGUUUUAA